GCGAACAAGCAGGCAAAGUCACGCAGGACAUCUCCACGCUCAUCUCUUUGGACGUCUCCUUCUUUUUUUUUUCGGACCAUCUUUGAUCGACCAAAAGCCGCUCCGAUCCUCCUGCGGGACUCCGGCAAAAAAAAAAAAAAAAAGGAGUAAAAGUUACCGCUUCUUUGGCUGUGAUUCUUACAGGCGCGCAUCAUGUUGGACGGUAUAAAAAUGGAAGAUCACCCGCUGCAGCGAUCGGGACAAGCCACGCUGGGUGUCAUGCUCGGGUCGGACUGCCACCACCAGGCCGUGUGUGAGGGCUGCCAUCGGCCCAUCUCCGACCGCUUUCUGAUGAGGGUCAACGAGUCGUCGUGGCAUGAGGAGUGUUUGCAGUGCACGGUGUGUCAACAGCCUCUCAUCACCAGCUGCUACUUCAGAGAAAGGAAACUUUACUGCAAGCACGACUACCAACAGCUGUUUGCUACCAAGUGCAGUGGCUGCCUGGAGAAGAUCGCCCCCACAGAGUUUGUGAUGCGAGCCCUGGAAUGCGUCUACCACCUGAACUGCUUCUGCUGCUGCGUGUGCGACCGCCAGCUGAGAAAAGGCGACGAGUUUGUCCUGAAAGAGGGUCAGCUGCUCUGCAAGGUGGACUACGAGCGGGAGAAGGACUUACUCAGCUCCGUCAGCCCAGAUGACUCAGACUCAGAGAAAAGCGACGAUGAGGAAUUGGACAUCAAGCCAGAGAAAGGAGGCAUCGGAGGCCAGGGGAGGGAUGACAGCAAGGAUCCCAGGAGACCCAAAAGACCACGCACCAUCUUGACCACUCAGCAGAGACGAGCCUUCAAGGCUUCCUUUGAGGUGUCCUCAAAACCCUGCAGGAAGGUGAGGGAGACGUUGGCUGCAGAGACAGGACUUAGUGUCCGGGUGGUCCAGGUGUGGUUCCAGAACCAGAGAGCUAAGAUGAAGAAGUUGGCCAGGAGACAGCAGCAACAACAAGAACAACAGAAUUCCCAGAGACUUGGCCAAGAAGUCAUGUCAAAUCGUAUGGAGGGGAUGAUGAGCUCCUUCACACCUCUGCCUCCACCACAGCAGCAGUUGGUUGCCAUGGACCAGAACGGGUACAGUACUGACCCGUUCCAACAGGGGCUCACCCCCCCACAGAUGCCCGGAGACCACAUGAACCCAUAUGGUAAUGAUUCCGCAUUCCACGACAUAGACUCCGACACGUCUUUAACCAGCCUCAGUGACUGCUUCAUGGCGUCGUCGGACGUCAACUCCAUGCAGGCCCGGGUGGGGAACCCCAUCGACCGCCUGUACUCCAUGCAAAACUCGUACUUUGCGUCGUGAGCGAAACGCACGGAAUAAACUGCCCGUCACUACCUAAUGCCUGACGACCGGAUACCACACAAGGAUUAGACAGAGGGAACCCCUGGACUUCCUGGACAAGGCCAAGAUUUGAAGACAGAGAAGACCCCUGGGGCAAAAAAAAAAAAGACUUGUCAAUUGUUUGAAAUCAUCCAUGGGGGUGGCUUGUCCCUCACAACAGUUUUUUUUUGUUUUUUUGUUCACAUAUAGAAAUCGACUGAUGAAACACUCUCAAACCAAAUACCAGUGAAUUCAUACAAUGCAUGAUCGACUGUAAACAACCUUUUUCCAAGUCACCCCCCACCCCCCUGGUUACAUACAAAGUGGUGUUUGGACUGUUUCUUCUACGUGGUUUCCCAUGUUCACCCCGCUAGCAUUUUGAUCACUAUGGAUAGGUACUAGAUAUUGUGUUAAUAGUCAAAAUAGGUGCAGCAUGUCUGCAAGAGUGACUGUACAUUUGUGUAUGUUUGGUAAGAAAGAAUUGUUUCGAUGACUUUAAAAAAAAAAAAAAAGGGUGGACUCGCCAGAUCAGUGAAGUGUAAAUAGUUUCCCAGGCAAAUUGGAUGUGCAUGUUAAAAUGGAAAGCAUUCUAUUUAUUUAACUAUAACAGGUUCUUGAAGGUACAUAUUAAAAAAAUGAAAAGCUUUAUUUAAAAAGGAGAACAUGUUUUUUUUUGUUGAGCAAUUAGUCAGUUUAUGUGUGUAAUUUUAAUAUGAAGAUUAACCCUUUUUUUUGGUUUUUGCCCAGCCGAGCUGUAAAUGAGCAAUGUGCUAUUUAUUUCGUACAGACCAUUAACUAUUUGUUGGCAUUGUCAUAUGUGCAUUCUCAAAAUGUUAAAAGUUGCUAAUUG